AUGAAGGUUGAAACAACAAAGGCCCCUUAUGAAAGCAACUGGGACCCCUUAGGACAAAUUCUUCUGAGAGUUGACACAGGUGGACAAAGAGAGGAUGUCUCAGAACCCCAGUCUAUACAACUGGCUGUCAAGAUGCACACCAGGAUGUUUGGGCGAAAGGUGGUUCUCAGAUGUUGUUUGCUCCUGGUGGCCAUCUCAGGGACCUGCGCAGAUUUUGCUCCCACCUUCCUCGUUUACUGCUUACUAAGCUUCUUGUCAGGUUGUUCUUCCGUGGCCAUCAUGACGAAUAGCAGUAUGCUUAUUGUAGAGUGGACAAGGUCUCAGUCUAAAGCCAUGGUAAUAACACUGGUAUGCUGUGCCUUUAGUUUGGGACAGAUAAUCCUGGGAGGCCUGGCUUUUGUCUUUCGAGAGUGGCGCACCCUGCAGCUGGUGGUGUCUGUACCUUUCUUUGUCUUGUUUCUCUCCUCAAGGUGGCUGAGAGAGUCUGCUCGCUGGCUGAUUGUCACCAAUAAACCAGAUGAGGGCUUAAAGGAACUUAGAAACGCUGCACACACAAAUGGAAGGAAGAAUGCUGAAGAAACCCUGAACAUGGAGGUUUUGAGAUCCACCAUGCAGGACGAGCUGGAGGCAGCACAAACCAAAACUACUAUGUAUGACUUGUUCCUCACACCCAACCUGCGUAAAAGGAUCUGUCUCCUGCUCUUUUUGAGAUUUGCAAACACAUUACCCUUUUAUGGCAUCUUUAUCAAUCUACAGCACUUUGGUAGCAAUAUUUUCCUGUUCCAGGUAGUCUUUGGAGCUUUCACUACCUCAGCCCGAUGUCUUGCACUUUUAGCACUGAAUCAUAUGGGCCGUCGAGUAGCCCACAUGCUUUUCAUGUUCCUGGUGGGAUUUUCCAUUUUGGCGAACAUGUUUGUGCCCCAAGAAAUGCAGACCCUGCGUGUGGUUUUAGCAAGCGUGGGAAUCGGCUCUUCUGCUGCCCCCACCAUCAGUACUGCUGUCCACAUGGUUGAACUCAUCCCCACUGUCCUCAGGGCAAGAUCUUCAGGCUUAGAUAUAGUGGCUGGUAGGAUUGGGGCAGCACUGGCUCCCCUCUUGAUGAUCCUCAUAGUAUAUCUUCCCACUUUGCCUUGGAUCGUCUGUGGAGCUUUUCCCAUCAUUAGUGGUCUUGUUGUCUUCUUUCUACCUGAAACCAGGAACCAGCCUCUUCUUGACACCAUUCAGGAUGUGGAAAAAGGGUAA